ACGUUGUCUCUUUGAUGUAGUUCUCGUUUAGUUUUUUAAUUCAAUCAUCAAAAUGCAUACAGUGGGUCUACCGCGCACAUGUCUCGGUUUUACAAACUUUUUAUUUUUCCUCUUGGGCCUUAUAAGCUUGGCGAUUUGUGUUUGGUGCAUGAUAAACACCGAGUUCUUCACAGAAGUUAAUUACACUGUGACCAAAAGUUCUUUAGUGUCAGCUAUCGCGAAUUUCGUCAAUCUGAAGCUCUGGUUUACUCCAAUGACAACUAUAUUAAUACCAGUUGCUUGCCUCGCUGUGUUAACAUCCUGUUGCGGCGUCCUCGGAGCAGGAUGUAGAACGAAAUGUGCCAUAAAAUCAUACAUCUUCCUCGUCACUGCAUUAUCCUUUACUUCAUUCUGGCUAUUCUUCGUCUCGGGCAUUUAUAACAUUUACACGGAUAACCCAAAAACACGAAGUUAUUUACGCACUGCCGUAACACGUUACUAUGGCAGGGACCAUGAUCUUAUAACUUAUGUUACGAAUAAAAUUAUGGUAGACUAUGAAUGCUGCGGAGUGGAUAACUAUCAAGAUUUUUUUAGUACCCUUUGGCAGAAGAAUAACAUGGAUAAAAUAUAUCCAAUGCAGUGUUGCAAACUAACGAAUAAAACGAGUUUAGUACCCGUUUCUAAAAAUUGUACUCAAAUUAUAGAGAAUAUCGAGGCGUAUAUUGAUAAAGGUUGCUUCAAUGCGUUGAGACAGUCAAUAAAAGAUAACAAAGCAAAGAUAAUAUUUUAUGUUGUCUUAAUUCUAUUUGCAUAUUCAGUUAUAAUGCUUUUCGGAUAUUGUAUUAUUCGUGGUGAGCCACUAAUAGGAGCUAUUGCUGGUGAUUUCGCGUCGUAUAUCCCAACUGGAGAUAAUUUGGACAAAGUGGUUGUUUCCAACUCCUCUCUAGAUAACAUGAUGUUUGCUGAAGAACCACCAAAGAAAGUAGUCAGGGUUGUUUCAGCCAUCAACCCAGGAUUAACGUAUAAAUUGACACCGAGUUUUUACGGCGGAAAUCAUGGAUUCACUGGAGAUAGGAGAUCGUUUACAAAAUAAAGAAAUUAAAUCAAA